UGUUACAAACAGUUAACAGUUUAGUUGAGCGAAUGUAAAUGUAGAGUGAAUGUAAGUGUAGAUUGUAAAGUUGGUUUUUGAUCAUUUGAUCAUUCUUAUUGUUGUAACUAUUAUUUUUCUUUUGAUUUUGCCUUUCAAACUGUCUUCUUCCUCGAAUCGUCAUUUUGUCAACUGUUCUACCUCGUAUCAAUUUAAUGAAUUGAUGAAAAAAUUACAAGAUUAAACGAUUGCUUGGACCGUUCUUUUUGUUUUUUAAUUUUCAAACUCCAUUCUUUUUUGGUCUUCUACUCCUCAAAUGCAACACACUUUAUUUGAAUCAUCAUCUCCUUUCCCAAUGAUCAUGAUCAACUCAACGAAUGAAGAAAAGAAGGGUAUCCCCAUACCAGAUUCUGGUAAAGGACGCAACAGACGAAAGAAACAGAAAAGGAAACGUUCUAGUGAGUCUACCAGCUCAUCCAAGUCAUCUUGUUUCGAUGAUGUUUACGAGUUGACCGGAGAGUUUCUUGGUGAAGGUGCCUAUGCCCAAGUUCAAUCGUGUAAACAUCGGAGUACUGGUAAAAUAUUUGCUGCUAAAAUAAUUGACAAGCAAGCUCAUCCAAGGUCAAGAGUCUUCCGUGAAGUUGAUAUUUAUUACCAUUGCUCUGGACAUAAAAAUAUUUUGCAAUUGUUUGAUUUCUUUGAAGAAGAUGACAAAUUUUAUUUGGUUUUUGAAAAAUUGAAUGGUGGGCCACUUUUAGCUCAUAUUCAAAAACGUAACCAUUUUACUGAAAACGAAGCAAGUUUUAUUAUACGUGAUAUUGCCAAUGCUCUCAAGUUCCUUCAUCAGAAGGGUAUAUCCCAUCGAGAUCUCAAACCAGAGAAUAUUCUUUGUCAUAGUCAAGAUCAAAUUUGCCCACUUAAAAUAUGUGAUUUUGACUUGGGCUCAGGUCUGGUCAUCAACGAAUCUUCGCCUGUCAGCACUCCUGAACUUUUGACACCCGUUGGAUCUGCCGAAUUCAUGGCUCCUGAAGUCGUGGAGGCAUUCAUCGGUGAGGCUACUCCUUAUGACAAGCGAUGUGACCUCUGGAGUUUGGGUGUCAUUAUGUACAUCUUAUUAUCCGGUUAUCCGCCUUUUUACGGCUUCUGUGGUAGUGACUGUGGCUGGCAGAGAGGUGAAUUUUGUCAAGCCUGCCAAGACCAACUAUUUACUUGCAUCCAAGACGGAGCUUACGAUUUUCCUUAUCGAGAUUGGGGAUGCGUCUCGGAUGAAGCCAAAGACCUAAUAAGACAUCUUCUGGUGAAAGAUGUAAACCAAAGAUACACCGCUGAGAUGGUUUUAAACCAUCCAUGGGUACGCCAUGGAGGACCUUUGACCCUCUUAAAGACACCUAAGGUGAUCAGGCGAAAUAACAGUGCCAAGGAUUUGGCUGCAUUUGCAGAGAGCGCCAAUGCCAUGAAAAGAUUAGUUUUACGACAUCAAGCCUACAGCACAGACUUUUCUCUCUCAAUUAAAUCUAAAUUAGCUGAUGCAGUUGAAGAGAAAGAAGGUAAUAGUGGUAAUGUUAGUGGUAGUUGUUCAUUAUCAUCAUCAUCAACAUCUUCAGCGAGGGCAAUAAAGCCAAUUAAUAAUAAAAAAGCAAGUACAGCUGAUAUUAGUAGAGAUAUAACUUUACCUCCAACUCCUGAUACACCGGAUUCACUUGGAAAAAACUCGUGGAUGCCUGCAAUGAAGAAGAAAAGUCUUCCCAGUGCCUUUGUUUAUAAUUCGUGCAUGAAUCCAAGAUCACCAAUGAACCGAUUAUCAUUAACUCUUCAUCCAAGUUUGAAGCCCAUUCUGCUUAACAUUUAAAACAAACACACAAAAAACAACACAUCAUUUGAUGAUUUCUUCUUCCUCUUCAAACUUUUCAUUUAUUUUCCUUUAUACUAUGUAAUUGGCAACAAACCCCUUCUACUACCCUAAUUACUACCUCUUUCCUCUCUUCUCUUUCUAUCUUCUAUUUCCAUUUCUCUCUUCUCUCCCACAGUCAAUUUUACUUGAAUCCCAUUUUUCUAUCAUAUCUAUGAUGUUCUCAAUUUUUCAUAGUCUUUUCACUCUCACCUUUUCAUAAAUACCUUCCUCUUCUCCCCCACCUUGCUCCAUACUAUCUCCAUCACUCGAUCUCUACUUGCCACCCUUUACCACCUCAAAUCUCUCUUUCUACCUCUCUUUUCACCAUAGUUUCUCUCCUUCUUUCGUAAUGAUUAGGAGCGUCUUACUACACACUCACCAUUCAAAUGUAUAUCAUAAUUUGUAAUAUGAUUGAUUGUUUAAUCAUUGACACAUUCCGACAAUGAUGAUUGCAAUCAGGAAGAACAUCAAGCAACACCAGUUUCGUAGAAAUGGAUAACAUAAAUAUACAUUCAAACAUUCAAAAAGCUGGAAAAAUUGAAAAAAAAGAUCAACUGAAAUAUCUGAGAAUGCUGUAGGCUUUGAAAGUCUGGGUCUGGCCAAUUCUUAUUGAAAACCCACCAAAAAAAUCUCUAAAAUUAAAUACCUUGAAGCAAAAAAUAUUUGUUAAACAAAAAAAAAGAUUAUGAUCGAGACAAUAUCUCAAUUUUGACAAAAAUAAACGCAAUAAGAUUUUAUAUAUAAA